UUGCAGUGUGUGAUCGGAUGUUCUUCUCUGAAUUGAAGAAGGAGGCUUCUGAUAUAGCUGGAUGCUUUAGAUCAAGAGUACGGCACUUUAUCCAUCUUCACGCUCCAAACCCAAUGCAAAAAUAUUUCAUAAGUUUGUGCCAAUGUUUCGCAAGCAAUCAGCAAGCCACGGCACAAGAAUGUCAGCUGUUAAUUGAUUAUGUUGCAAUGAAUGCUAUUGCUCUACGAAAAAUCCUCAAGAAGUACGAUAAGGUACAUUGCUCUGUCAAUGGAAGGAUUUUCAAAACUAAAAUGCGUGCUGAACACAUUGAGCCUCUGCGAUCUCCAUGGUUGAUUGAACUCGGGGCUUUCUAUAUUAACUUCAACAAAUCAAGUGGUAAGAUGCUGGAUAUCGGUGGACCAUUCUCCUGUGAUCUUAGUGCUACAGAGCCCGUAAUAACUUUGAUGCUACCAGAUUCUGUGAAAUUAGAAUACAAUCUGACAUGUGCCAUUUGCUUGGAUACGGUUUUUAAACCAUAUGCUUUGGGAUGUGGGCACAUCUUCUGCAAACAAUGUGCUUGCUCUGCAGCUUCGGUUAUGAUCUUCCAAGGGCUCAAGGCUGCAAGACCGGAAUCAAAAUGCCCAGUUUGCAGGGAGGUUGGUAUCUAGAUAAGAAAUAUCAUAAAAUCAUAUAAAUGCCAUAAUGCAUCUCAUAAUUUCUGAAUAUUAAGUGCUUUAUUUCUUAGACAAUUGAUGAAUAACCUUGUCUCUUUUUUAUCAUUCAAACC